AUGGCCAACUUAAUCAUCUACGGCGCCACUGGAUACACUGGCCGACUUGCAUCCGAGUUUGCCAAGUCUGACAAUCUCCAGUUCACUGUAGCGGGCAAGUCAGAGAGUAAGCUCAAGGCCCUUGCCGCUUCCCUCGGUGUUGAGUAUCGCAUAUUUGCGCUUGGUGACCCUAAAGUCGUCGACGCCGCCUUACAAGGGGCCCGGGUUCUUCUGAACUGUUCGGGCCCGUUUUUGCACACGGCUGAGCCCUUGAUUGAGGCAUGCAUUCGCAAUGGGGUCCAUUAUCUGGACAUUGCUGCCGAACUGGACAGCUAUGAGCUAUCUGAAAAGAAGCAUGAAGAGGCCAAAAAAGCCAACGUUAUGCUCUUACCAGGGUGUGGGGGUAGCGUUGCUAUGCUAGGCUGCCUAACCAACUACAUGAUUGAAGGUGUAGCCAACCCAAUCAGUAUCGAUAUUGCCCUCCACGUCGCCGGCCCCAUGUCUCGAGGUUCGGCCAUCAGUGCAGCGGAGAAUUUGACAUCAAAGUGUCUCAAGCGGCUUGAUGGAAAACUAGUGGAUCAGGAUAGUGGGCAGACCAUUUACUUCGAUUUUAAUGAUGGCAGAGGCAGCGUGUCCUGUUUUCCGGCAACUUUACCCGACGUCAUCACAAUAUGGAGAUCUACCAACAUUCCAAACAUCAGAACAUUCGUUCAUGUGGCGGGAGAUGCUUUUCCCACUGAGAAUCUGAAUUCCCUGGCGGAGGGUCCAACGGCUAAGCAAAGAGAGAGCAACCCGUAUCAUGUUGCAGCUACUGUAACUGGUUCGGACGGAGCAACCACUCGUGCCGUCCUUCACACCGUUAAUGGCUACACGUUUACACCGCUGGCUUCUGUGGAAGCGGCGAGGCGAGUGCUGAUGGGAGAGGUGAAGGCAGGUUUUCAAACGCCUUCUAGACUUUUUGGCUAUCGCUUCGUGGAAGCAAUAGCCGGAUCAACUUUUCGAGAUCUUUGA